UCCAUUAAAUUAAUUGUCAUUCUUAUUUUAGUAUGUUCAUUAAUCAAUGUUUGUUCUGUUUAAUGUUACAGAUGAAGGUGUAGUGGAAACCUGAACAUGAAGCACAAAUACAAAGAAAUUUCCACAUGAAAGCAUCUCAUCGGCUGUCAGACAUGUUUAGGGAUGCCGGCAAUGCAGGAGAGCGCCCUUACUAGUUGGGCGAGCAAAUUUGGAACUCUUUACUGGCUCAUUGGAAUAAAGUAGAGUUUCGCAAUAAGUGUGCCAAAGCCCAGAGGAACAGAGCAUCUGAAAAGGGUGGCACCCUACAUACUGGUGGGUCGAUAACGAUUCAUGAGCAUGCCAUUCGUAUGGCCCAAGCUCUGGGACGGGCGGUCCAUGUUGAUGAGGUCUUUGCACAGACUCAUGUAAGGAAGGACACUAAUCAAUUCGUUGAUGAAAGAUAUCGGAAGACUCAUGAAGAAUUUUCUACGAGACUUUCACAGGUUAGAUCUGAACAUGAGUCAGCUCCUACACCGGAUGAUGCGAGUAAUGCAGAAGACGACAUUCAUAGGACAAAGUGCUGGGUCGACAUCGUUGGUGGAAAGAAAAAGGGACGAGUGUACGGUGCAGGACAACUUGCUAGAAACUAUACAACAUUGAGAGGAGGUACUCUGAAGCACGAACCUUCUUCUUCCACCACUACUGCUAACGAGGCCGUUAUCCGCCUAACGCAGGCAUUGGAGUAACGUGAUUAGGAAAUCAGUGAUUUGAGAGCUGAGUUUACAAACUUUAAGGCCCUAGUCAUGAGAGUGUUGCCUGAAACUUCACAAGAUGAAUUCAAUAUCCCUCCGACCCAGCCACGACCCUCCUCGUCACCCGCUGUCGCUCAGUAACCCACAUCAGUCCAACCCUCAUCAGUCCAGCCGACAUCAGUCCAACCUACACU